AAUUAAAGUGAUAUGUAACUAGAAACCAAAGUAAUACAAUUUCCUUCAAUUAUAAUCACAAUUGUAAACAUUUUCUUCGCUAUCGAUAAACGCGAACGCUUCCGGUUCGGGAUUAGUUUUACGGAUUUUUAAAUUCCGUUUUGUUUGUUUCUACAAUUCUUUUUCGAUUUAAACUUCCGGUGUAUAUGAUGGCAGCUCAGAAGAAACUGGCAUUUUUUGGCUUUAAAAACAGCAAAGAAAAACGAGAAAGCACACAAGAUCAAGCAACUGAAGUCCAGUGCAAUCGCAAACGAAUAGAAGAUGAGUCAAACCCAAAAGAAAAUUCAAGUCCUAGCAGUAGUUCUGAAGUUCUCGGCAGCAGUCCUCAAGUCCCCAGCAGCUGUCCACAAGUCCCCGGCAGCAGUUCUCAAGCUAGCAGCAGCAGUUCUCAAGUUAAAAGCCAUUCAAUAUCAGAAGUUACUGAUUUAUUUCCUGAGAAACAUGUUCACCACCAUGACAUAUGCGAGACAAAAUGUUUUGAAAGUUCCAAGUCUUUUUGUCUUACUGAAAAAGAAAACAAAAAAACCUACAAGUUGCAACAUAGCUGGCUUGAGAAUAAAAUGUCAUACUGUGAAACAAUAAACCUAUGGUGGGCAAUUUUCUCAGAAGGAGAGGGUUUAUAUUGUUACCUUUGUAGAAAACAUGAUACAAUGAACACCCAAAAUAAAACAAAAGAUUUUCAACAAAGAUCCAAGAGGAUCCAAGAGAAUCCGUCCAGAGGCAUUCACUGAUCAUUGUAAAACUGUACAACAUCAAAAUGCUAUUUCCUCAGAAAUGCUGCAAAAAGUCUCAUUUUUUCAAAGGGAAAUAUCGGAAAGAGAGAAGGUAGCUGAUGAAGUUCUUGUGAAAGUGUUUGAAACUGUAAACUGGAUUAUUAAAGAAGAGUUGCCAAACUGUAAAGUCAGACCAAUGUUGUUACUUUUAGAGAGAUUAGGGUUGAAAGAAAUGAGGCAUUUUCAACAUAGAUCACAAACAGCACUGUCUGUAAUAAUAGAUCUACUGGGUAAAACAGUCCAAGGUACAUAUUUAAGAGAAGUUGGACAAGGAAGCUGCUAUGGGCUGAUGGUGGAUGAAGUAACUGACAUUUCAGUAGCUGAACAAAUGGUAACUUUCAUUCAAUACUACAGCAAAGCUGAUGGCAAAGUGAAGACACAAUUUCUAUCUGUGAAUGAUCUUCUCGAAGACGCAGAAUCUGCAGAUGCAAAAACUAUCACAAAAACAAUAUUCAACAAUUUAGAAAAAUUUGAACUGGACAAAAAAGGACUUUGUGCAUUUGUUUCUGAUGGUGCUGCUGUGAUGACCGGUGUAAAAUCAGGAGUUGGGCUAUUGGUACUUUGCGGAACGGAACGGAACCAGUUAAGAGGCCCCAAAAGGGGAAACAAGAUUUUUUUUAAAACGUCAUUAUUUCAAUUUAACUUAUCGUAAAUGGAAGAUUGUUUUACAAAUUUUGCUGUUUUAAUGAACUGUGUAUUACAUAAAAUAUGCUACUCAUUGCUCUAUAAGUCAAUACACGCUUCUUUCCCGAGAAAACCUAAAGUCACUAGUUGUUUUAUGAUGUUUGAUUGACACUGUAAAUAUAAAGUUGAGGUUUAAACCAAACUCAAUUAAUCUGUGUGUGUAACGUCGAUGAAAAUUACUUAAGUAAUCUUUCUUCUGAAUAGAUUUCUUCUGAUUCCGUUCCGUUCCGCAAAAUACCAUUACCCGUGUGGAUAUUGGUAUUUAACGGAACG